GUGCUCGCGGCGGGUAAACCGGGCCGUCCAGAGACGCUCGAAUCGAGCAGUUACGAACAGUUCGUCAGUGACAGUGCAUUCGCGUACACGAUCACCCGCGCGCGCGUUCCUCUGCCCGGCUUCUCUGAACCUGCUGCUGUUGGUUGUUCGCCUCUGCCGUACCGCCAGAAGAGAAGAAGAAGGAACACGCUCCGGUCGUGGAUACACAAGCGGGGGACCGGAGAGUACGCUUCGCUCUCCUGGCAACGCGGUGUCGCUCGAAAACAAUGAUCGUGCGUUCGACCGGUUAGAACCGUCGAGGAAAUUGUACCCGCGGAAACACAGGUCCGUAACCGUUGCUGCUGUCUUUGUUCUCUCCCGAUCCAGGCCAGACGGCCAGGCGAUCUCCAGGAACGGCUCGACGCGCAUCGAUCACACGCGAGGCUAGCAGAACGGAGCUGCCAUCCCAGCGACUCCUCCACAUGUGGACAUCGCCGUCCCGACUCAGGAUCGGCCGAGCACCCAGGAAAAAGACAACACCAUAAAGCUGAUAGCUGCUGAGGCAGCAGCUACCGCGACCGGUGAACGAUGGAGAACACCAAGAGGAAGCUGUCCUUCCUUGGUUUUGGCAAAAGGGUAUCGGUCGACGGUCAUGGCGCGGAAGCGGGACCGGAACUCGACGAGGAGAUGGAGAAGGUUUUCGCGAUGGACGCCGGGGAGAAGUUCGACGUAGCCCGGUUCGGAUCAACGUCCGAGUCGGCUGGCUCCGAUCGAAAUCGAGAUCGGGACCGAGGACCAUCAUUGCGACAUGGCGAUCGCGACUUCAAUCAGCACCGAAAGAGAAGUUACCCACAUCCGCACAUGCCUCUGAAGAGCCUUCAUUCGAGAUCUAUGCGACGACAUCUCUCACCCGAAGGAUCCACAGCGGAAGUCGGCCCAGAAGAGGAGAACGGUCAGGUCCACGGUGGAAAUGGCGGCGGACACGAGGUGGACGGUAUGGACAACGGUGUGUCGACCAGCAGUACCGUUCAAGAUGUCGACGAGGAGACCGCGGAGGAGACGGAGAACGCAGCCAGCAGCGAGAGCGAGGCUCCGAUCUCGGAGAGGGCCGCUUCCGGUUACAGCGACAGCCCAAAUGUUGGUAGCCCGCGUGUACAGUUCGAGCAGAUCAAAGAGGAGGACGUUCCCACGUCCAGAGAGGACGAGACCACCACGUCGAACGUGGCUGGAGGUGCGACCGGUGGCCACGACGAGGACCGGAAAUGUCGCAGGCACCAGAAACACGAGCACAAAAGACAUCAUCACAAAUCACGGAAGUACUCGUUGCAAGAGGAUCCACAAUGGCGAAAGCGUUCUGGGGCGGGCCUGCCGGACGGGACUGGUGUGCUCGCGCGCCGCGUCAGCGUGCAGCCGGAGGAGGCGAGCACGUUGCAGGAGCUGGACAUCGACGAUCUCGAGUCCCAUCGGAGCGACGAUCCUCGUGGCAUGAGACGUCACAAGGCGGCCCAUCUGACCGUGCAGAUCGGCCGGCGGAAAGAGGGCGGUAUACCGCACGACACGUUCAAGAAGAUGUACGAUCAUUCGCCGCACGAGGUGUUCGUCCAGCUCGACGAACUGCACGGUCUCGGCGAGGAACGUGAAUGGCGCGAGACCGCCAGAUGGAUCAAAUAUGAAGAAGACGUCGAAGAGGGGGCUGACAGAUGGGGCAGGCCCCAUGUCGCUUCACUGAGCUUCCACUCGUUGCUGAAUCUUCGUCGUUGCCUCGAGACCGGCGUGGUGCUUCUCGAUCUCGAAGAGAAAGAUCUGCCCGGUCUCGCGUACAGAGUCGUCGAACAAAUGGUGGUCGAAGAACUGAUCCUACCUGAGGACCGAGCGGUGGUGAUGAGGGCCCUUCUGCUUAGACACAGACACGUGCACGAGCACGAUCGUGGCUUCCGUUUCGGCGGGAAGAGGAACUACUCGAGCUACACCAGCCUGCAGAAUCUGAACGACGCCAAGCCGAAGAUCGUGUCAUCGAGCCUGGCGCUGGACAGCAAUCACACGGUGGUCGACAUGAAGGAGGAACAAACGUACACAGGCGGCAGCAACGAGGAUUUGAAGAAGAACCAAAACGAUUACAUCCUGAAGCGAAUUCCAGCCGGUGCGGAGGCGACGGUCGUUUUUGUGGGGGCGGUCGAUUUCCUCGAUCAACCGACGAUCGCUUUCGUUCGGUUAGCAGAGGGCGCGUUUAUGCCCUCUAUCACGGAGGUGAACAUACCCGUGAGAUUCAUGUUCACGUUACUGGGCCCGAGAAACGCCGAUCUCGACUAUCACGAGAUCGGUCGUUCGAUCGCCACGCUGAUGGCGAACACGUCGUUUCACAAGAUCGCGUACAAAGCGAACGAGAGGCGGGAACUGUUGUCCGCCAUUAACGAGUUUCUCGACGACUCGAUCGUGCUACCGCCUGGCGACUGGGAGAGGCAAGCGUUGCUGCCGUUCAACGAGCUCAAGGCGAAGAGCGAGGCCAUACGGAAACGGAAGGCGAAGGCCCUCGAGGAGAAGAGUAAACCGAUACAGAGCGAGGCUGCGGUUAAGAAGGCUCUUCUGGCCGGCGAAGAAGAAAAGAAACCGCCCGACGACGACGAUCCUCUGCGCAGAACGAAAUGUCCGUUUGGUGGUCUGAUCAACGACAUCAAAAGACGAUAUCCAUUCUAUCUGUCCGACUUCACCGACGGCUUGAACUCGUCCUGUCUAGCAGCAGCGAUCUUCAUGUAUUUCGCCGCCCUCUGCACCGCCAUCACGUUCGGCGGUCUGUUGAGCGACAAGACGAACGACGUGAUCGGUAUAUCAGAGACGUUAAUCUCCGGUUCGUGGACGGGCGUGGUGAUGGCGCUGUUCUCCACUCAGCCGUUGGUCAUUAUCGGUACAACAGGGCCCUUGUUGCUGUUCGACGAGAGUCUUUACAAUUUUUGUUUGACGAACGAGUUGGAAUUCCUGACGGUCCGAGUGUACGUGGGCGCGUGGAUGGGAAUCAUAGCGCUCGCCGUGGCGAGCGUCGAGGGUUCCGUGUUGGUCCGUUUGUUCACCCGUUUCACCGAGGAGAUCUUCACGGGCCUGAUCUCGAUCCUCUAUAUCGUCGAGACGUUCAUCAAGCUGUACAAUUACUUCGUGAAGAAUCCACUCCUGGACGAGUACAGUUUUAUCCCGGAAACGAACGAGACACUGUACUGGGACACGGAGGUGAACGUCACGGAGAUAAGGAUCGUCUCGCCCGAGAGUGGUGAACCGAUCGUCGUACCGUUCAAGAGGCCCGAGAUACUGUUGCCGGGCCGUAACAUCGCUGGUCUGCUGAUAAACCAACCGAACACCGCGUUGAUGUGCACCAUCCUCUGCCUGGGUACCUUUCUAGGCGCGUACUAUCUGCGAAUCUUCCGUAACAGUCAUUACCUUGGUCGAAGCGCCCGAAGAGCAUUCGGUGACUUCGGUGUACCGAUCAGCAUCAUCGUGUUCGUGCUGAUCGAUUACCUGGCGGAGGUGAAGACGGAGAAGCUCCUAGUCCCAGAGGGUCUGUCCCCGACGAUACCCGGCAGAAGUUGGAUCGUCUCGCCAGUUGGAGUACAGAAACCGAUUCCACUCUGGAUGGCCAUGGCUUGCAUCGUGCCCGCCUUGCUGGUCUACAUUCUUGUCUUCAUGGAAACCCAAAUCUCCGAGCUAAUUAUCGACAAGAAAGAGCGAAAGCUGCGGAAAGGUAAUGGCUACCACAUGGACAUAGUGGUGGUUUGCAUGAUGAACGUUGGCUGCGGUCUGAUCGGGGCCCCGUGGUGUUGCGCGGCCUCCGUCCGCUCGUUGACCCACGUGUCCGCUGUAACAGUGAUGUCUCGUACCCAUGCGCCCGGUGACAAGCCACACAUCGUCGAGGUGAAAGAGCAACGUGUUAGCGCUCUGCUGGUCGCCAUAUUGGUCGGCGUGAGCGUGCUGAUGGCGCCACUGUUGCGACGCGUACCGAUGUCCGUCCUUCUUGGUGUGUUUCUCUACAUGGGCAUCUCGUCGACGAACGGCGUCCAACUGUUCGAUCGUGUGAAAUUGUUCUUCAUGCCGGUGAAGCACCACGGCACAGCGAACUACGUGCGUCGCGUGCAAACCUACAAAAUGCACAUAUUUACCAUGAUACAAAUUCUGUGCCUGACGGUACUGUGGAUCGUAAAGAGCACCAGGGCGGCACUGGCGCUACCGUUCUUCCUGAUUCUAAUGAUACCUCUUCGUGCUCAGAUGAGCCACUUUUUCACCGCUGCCGAGCUUAGGGCACUCGACAGCAAAGGAUCGGAACACGAGAGUACCGAGGACGAGCCGGACUUCUACGAAGAAGCUCCGUUACCUGGUUAGAUAGUGCCUUAAUUCGACUCGCUCCGAAUAUAUAUAUAUAUAUAUACCUCCAUCCUGUUUCUUCUUCCUCCCCACCUGAUUAUCACUGUAUCUUUCGCCCCAUUUCGUCCUUCCUUACUUUAUACCCUAUCCCCUAAUCUCAUUUUCCAGGCGGUUCGGUUUCUCGAACGAUUCGCCACCGUUAUAUACCCUUUUCCGUAAUUUUCGUAUUCCCUGUUAAGAGAGCGUCGCCUGUGAACGCCUACGGAGGAGUUUGUGAAAGAAGAAAGAGUCUAUUUUUUCGUGAAAGAGCAAAUUAUGUAUACCGAUGUGAAUUACGAAUGAGCGUAGCUAAGAGUUAGAUAAAGGGGGGUGGGUUCUGAUGCCCGACAGAGCUGCUGGUUAACUCGUUAAAUUCGCGAAGAUUAUUUUUUACCGCAAAAUUUGUAUAUAAUCGAUAUCGUGUUUAAGGUGAAACGACGGGUUCUCUUUUUUACAUGUAUCUUGGUUGCGUAUAUGGGUACUCGAGCGAGUUAAAGUGGAUUUUUCUCUGGAAUUUUACUGUCCGAAUAUUUGUGAACGAACGUUAUCUAUGAUCGUAGAUAAUGGAAAACCAGUUUCGCGGAGAACGAUGAUAUAUUAGGCUGUAAUAAAUUCAUUAUUUUUGCUAGAGCGUCUGAAGAAAGAAUAUUUUCUGAAUAUGGUAUAAACACAAAUAUACAUUGCCGAGCCGUAUCGAGUACCUAGGCACCAUCUGAUAUAUUCGUAAUCGAAGCUUGUGAUUGCGUUUCGUCCUUGUUGGAGUCGGUAGGGUGAUAAGGGGUGCCUCUGAGUGCCUCUAAAAGAACGGUGAUGAACGACACGUUGCUCAGGAAAAAGUUUCAAGCUGCGAACAGGGCACAGAAUACGUGUGAGUGCCAAAUCACAAAAGAUCGCGGAUUAUUAAUGGUGCUGGUCCGUCCACACGGUGAACCACGUGUGGACGAAUGAAACUGAGAAUCUUUUAUAAAGAGAUGUCCAAGUAGUUCUCGUUAGUUGUUCUCGUCGAUCAAUAACUAUAGAGUUAUCUAAUUUCUUUGGGACCGUGACACGUUUAGCACUGCGUGCAAUGAAUUACAAUCACUUAGCAAUAUCUGUUGAAUAUAUGCUAUAAAAAUGUUAUUACUAGUUUUCCUAGAUGGAAACAACGGUAUUUUCUAAGUAACUUGAAAACAAACUCGAGCGUCGCGAAACGUGAAAAAAAAACAUUCUUGUAAUCUUGUGAACCAACCGCGAGUACUUAAAAAAAAAACCACUUAUUAUUCUACACCGGUCGCUGUUCGAUCGACUUUCGUCGGAGUUCACUUUUAUUAUUCGAAUAAAAUUCUCCUUCAACUUCUUGAUACAAACGUCAUACUCGUAACUGUAUAAGUACUAAAAAUUUGAAUCUUUUAUUCUUCAUUUUUUUUUUUUUAUUAACACUACGUUUGCACGAAUAAGCAUAAAGUCAAAGCAUAUGGUACUCCCAACAGAUAUAUAUUCAGAACAGUACCUGAUAAUAUCAUUAAAUCCGGGGAAAGGAAGCGAUAACGAUUCAAGAAUUCCAUAAAUUUCUACUUCUCAAAAAAGCUUGGAUCGACAUUAAUUUCGAUCAUCGAAAGAACGUCUCACUUAAAUCGGUCCUGUACUUAUUUAAAGAAUAGAAUAUAAGCAAAACAUGAAUAAUGAAAACUGAAUUGCGCACGUAAUAGGCUACUAACGAAUCUCCUCCCCUUUGUACUUUAAUUUCAUUGUAAGAAAUGAUCAGUAUUGGUAGAUAUUUUGCCUUCGAUUACUAUUAAUUUUAUGGUAGUUGUUAGUUUUCCAAGUGUAAAGGUUCUACACUUUCGAAAAAGACCAAGGUAUAAUGUUAAUAAAUGUGUAUCAUCGUGUAUCCGAGUACGUGCAACAAAGAAAGAGAAAUAAAAACAAAACGAGUAUUUUGAAAUGCUAUUACAAAGAGAAAAAAAAAAGACACUCUAUUUUAAUCCGUUAAAAUAUUUUACUAAUCGACUAAAGUACCUUAUCGAAAAAUAUAGCAGAUCCUAAUCUUACCAUUUCCGUAACGAAGAGAUCGUAUUGUCGUAUUAUUUACUUACUGCUACUGCUGCUACUAAUUUAUAUAAAAUACCAAUUUUAAAUCGAAAACACUGUGCUAUGUAAUUGUGAUAGAUAUCCCGAGUUGCUGUAAGAAAUACCGGCAGUACUUACAAGCAUGUGCUAUUAGCGUCGAGUUUUUAACACGAAAAUUUCAUUAGAUACGUUAUGUCAAGUACAUUUAACAUGUUACUGUAUGCAUACCACAGAUAUUACCUAUAUUGAGAG